CCAUCUGCUCCAGUAGCUGUAGAGUGAACGAAGUAGCAGUCCUCUGAAAAAACAAUUAAAACGCAAGUACUUCGCCAAACCUUCCCCAGACGAAGAGGCCAAAAGAAUGAGUUCCGCAUGCUUGGUCCUCCAGCAGCCCUCCUUCGGCACAGCUCCGUGGUCGCGCCCCAUGACAGGCAGCAGCAGCUCGGACACAGACGCCAGCCAGACCUCAUUGUGGAGACCAUGGUUGUCCAGCAGGGGUAGGCCAGGGCAGUGUCCACAAAACAAGCUGUCCUUUCCUCACUCCAUACCCACAGUGCCAGGCUGCUUCUCAUCAGAUGGGAAAUCACAGGCCUUCCAACAUCCUGUCAGGCUGUUCUGGCCUAAAUCCAAGUCAUUUGACUAUUUAUACAGCGAUGGAGAGACCUUACUGAGGAACUUUCCAAUUCAGGCAACCAUCAGCUUUUACAACGAGUCUGAGAGUGAAGAUGAAGAUGAGGACUGGGAGGAAGAAAGCAACUCUAAGCAGUGCCUCAAACAGCAGUCUUAUUUCACCCUCUGCAACUGAGUGACAGGAAGCCUCCUUGUCUUGCAGAAUUGUUCCUGCACACUUAAAUCAGAAAUCAAAUUGGUUUAAAAUUAUUCCAGAUGGCGACAUUGGAAGGUGGAGGCUUUAAUGAAAGAGGGAGGAGGGGGAGACACAAUCAUAUUUAAAAACAAAGACAGUAGCACACAUAAUACACAUGAGCAGUGUCAGUGUGUGUGUUUGACCUGGCAAAAUGUGUUACGAAAAUCUGCAACACUUGAUUAUACAGUUAUGAUUUCAGAGCAGAUUCAGUCGAACUAAUGUGAGGAAUUGCAUACAUUGGAACUGUCCAUUUUCAUCACUCUCUCGCCCCCUCUUGCUCAUUGUGUUGCCUGUAGUGCACACAACAAACAUUUAUCACACAGUUGUACAGUGAUAUGUAGUAUCUGCUGUACAAUGUUGUUUUUUUUUUAGUUGUUCCCACAUUGGGAUGCUUCAUGUUUACAGUCAGUCUCAGGGUCUGAUGCAUGCCACUGUAUAUAGAAUGUACAUGUGCAUUUUUAACUUAUGAUGUACAUAAUUUAUACAAAUUCACAUAUUUAUGUUGACAUAUUUUUGUGUUUGUGCAUCCUCAUUGUGUAAUGUGAAAACACAACAGAAACUGAGGUUGUAAAA